AUGAGGGAAAGCAUAUAUAAUUUAAUACCCUUAGAACAGCCACCUAAAGCUUUGUUACCAAGAUAUAAAUCAUGUAGCCAGAGAGAAGUAAUAUCCUUAUUUAACAUUAAAAAGUUUCCUUGUAAAACUAUGGGAGUCCCAAAAGUUAAUCCCCCGAAUCCGCAAUGCUAUCUUAAGAUGAGACACUCAGCACCUGAAUUAUUUCGUAAAAACGACGAGCCACUGAAGGGAGAAAAAUGCUCUGAUGGUUAUCACAAAGAUGAGAAAAAGUCUUUAAUUGAUCAACUAAAAGACAAGUGGCAGCAAAGAUAUAGACAGUAUCAAUCUUUAUCCGUCAUGAUUGACACUCCCCCAAAAAUGCACCACAAACUAUGGCUUGAAAAAGAAAUGGAAGACAUAGAAAAGACAUAAACCUCCUGGAAGGAUAUGAUUAUAUUUACGUUGCCAAAUAAAUGUCAUAUUAAACAUUUAUGAUAAAAAGUGCCUACAUACGAUUGUUGCACAAAUACUCACACUGGCUAGU